AUGAAGCUCUCAUUAUCAUUAGCCAAGGCUGCUGUGCCACUUGCUCCAGGUGAAGCCGCCGUCCGCGAAAGCAACGAGGAGGGCGAUGACAGUGUAGAACGACAUCUUCUGAUAGACUCUUGAGAGAAUCGGAUGUCUUUUUAUAACAGAAGCUAAUCGUUUUCCAGAUUGAAGAAUGAGAAUCUUGGCUUGUUUUAAUGGAGCUUUGGGAAUUUUCGAUCAGUUCUCAUACUUCAAUCUACUUGUUUUUUUUUUUUGAAAAUUGGAAGCUUCUACUGAGAGAUGUCGUCCUCCACACGCAGCCCUUGCUUUUUCAAUACGGAAGUUAAAACUUAUAAAGCAUAAGGACAGCAUAAAACAAUAAAAACAGCUUUUUCUUAAAAAAAAAAUGCGGCAGUCAAAAAAAAAAACCGAUUUCAAAACUAUCAGCGAAAAAGAUAUUGAAAACCUUUUCUUUUGAUAUUGCCAUAUACUUCUUUUUUGAUCGAUAUCAACCUUUUGGAUGAAAGUAUUUAUUGAAAAAGCUUUAAUGAUACGAAAGAUGGUGCUCAUUCGUAGGCGCGAGCGUUGGCGUCACCUCCCCACUGGAGCCAGAGAAGGCCGUUGGCCGAGGCGACGAGGGCCGCGAAGAUGGUGAGGAUGGUGGAGGACGACAUCUUCCGAUGGAUUCUCGAGGGAAGAAGGCCCAUUUUAUAGGUUGGAUCUGGACGGUUCUUAAGAAUAGAACUAAUGGAAAGAUGGGAGUUGACCAGAAAAUCAUGGAAGUUUCUCAGGACUCGGUUAAACAUGUUUUAAAAAAAUUCCUAGUUUCAGAAGGCGCUCGACCUUGAGAGAUUUCCCUGAACUUCUGGUCGGUUCCCAUUUCCCAAUUUGUCCUACCCUUGAGAACCAUCUAGACUCAACCCGAAAGACCUUCUCUCCUCCAAAAUCCAUCGUAAGAUGUCGUCCUCCACCGUCCUCAUCUUCUUCGUGGCUCGUCGCCUUGGUCAGCGGCACUCCAUGGAUCGAAUGGCACCCCAGUGGCAAGGGUCGUUGAACUAA